AGGCUGAGCUCCAGGAAAUGACCAGUAAUGUUCUCCAGCACAACCCACAGGACGGAAACACAAUUACUACGUCACAACUCUUUUUUAUUCUUAUCCCGAGACGAUGGACAACACGGAGAUUAAACUCUUGGAGUAAAACCCUAAAAGAUACACAGGGAUGCAGGGGUCUAUAGCACGUGUUUGCAUGAUUGUGGCAGCUGCCAUUCUCAACCAUCCACUGCUAUUCCCUAAGGAGAACACUACAAGCCUAGAUGAGGAAGAUUAUGUUUUGGCUCGAAUGAAGGAGCAUGAAGAGAGGCUGCGAGCUGAACAAGAACGCUUUGAACAAGAGAUCUCAAAGGCUGAUCAAGAAUCCACAAACCCUAGCCUUGAUUUCUAUGGUUGGUAUUUCUGGAGCACACUUUCUCUUGUCAUUUUCUUCACCAUUGAGGUUUGUAGGCAGGAACUGAACUCUGGCGAAACACAUGAUCAUGGUGAAGAUGAAGAAGGGUAUAUCAACAGUGGGUCUGUCAAUCCUAAGGAUCUGGCCUUAGAUAAAGAUGUCCUAAGCCACCUCUGUGAGACCAGCUUCAAGCCAUUUGUCCAUGAAAGUGGUAGAGUGCAGGAGUUUGUUGAAGGCUUUGCAGAUGACCUUUUGGAAGCUUUGAGGAGCAUUUGUGACCGUGAGUUUGACAUGGAGCUUGAGGACUUUAUUGGAGUGGGCAGCAUGUUCGAGUCCUGGAGAGUGUGUAAGCCUGUUAUGUGUGACCUCAUCGUACCAUUUGCAACCCCAGAAUCUUAUAAUUUUCAGUUUGAGCUAUGGUGUGAUAUAUCCACUGAGUUCCCACUGGACCUCCAAGGAUGUGGGAGGAUUAAGUUAUUUAAGGUUAGUGAGAGUUGCUCACACUGCCUCUCUGGAAAAAACACAGAUGAUGAGGAUAUGCUAUGCCUGCUUCACAACAGAAGCCACAGUAGCAAAGCUGAUGACCAUGAUUUAGAAGAACUACUCUGCUCAAGAAACACUGCUUAUAUGUCUAAAGAUCAGGUUAUGAAAUGGUUCCAGAUUUCAGUGACCAGAGCAUGGGGGCGGAUCUCUCAUAAAUAUGAAUUUGAGCUCACUUUUCGCAACCUGGAUUUCCCUGGUGCCUUGAAGGUCAGGUUCAAGUCAGGAAAGGUUAUUGUUCUAAACAUUAUACCUGCCAUCCAGCUUGAAGACUCACAUGCAUACUUCAUCUCUCAUUUUCCUUCAGACAGUAGUAACAUCACAGAUAUCCACUGGCAACUCUCAUUCACUGUUUAUGAAAGAAACCUACUCAAACACAUGGCAAAGAAACUUCCAGUAAAAUCUUGUCACCUUCGAUGCCUACAGCUUGUUUCUUUCCUGCACCAAAAACAGUCAGGACUAAGAGGCAGAAGUGGCCUAACAAAUUACCAUCUGAAGACUGCAUUCUUGCAUCUACUUUUGAGUAAAUCUCUUUCAGCAUGGAAACCACAGAAUCUGGACCAGAGAUUGCGGGACUUGUUUGUUUUUAUACAGAAAAGCUUGCAGGAAAAGAGACUAACUCAUAUUAUCAUUGGAAACCCACGUGUUCCUCUUGAAAUUGGAGUUCCAGCAAUAUUUCAGGCUGCAGAACCAGUAAACCUUUUCAGGUCUCUGGUGUUACAGAGGCAGGUAUAUGCCAAGAUGGUUGAAAAUUUUGAGGAGAUGCUCAGACUUGCGCCAAUGCUUAUUCAAGAGUACACACCACACUUCUCCAAUGGUGGUCUUAAUUCAACAAACGUGUCCUAGAAUGACUAAUUGAACCAAUGGAAAUUUGGGACUCAAUAGCUCACUCAUCAGCCCUGGACACUUCGACUAUAACUGCAUAAUUGUCUAUGUAAAUAUUUUUACCACACUGAAAUUUCUUUUGUACUUUUGAAAGAUUGUACAGUGAUUAGUAAUAGCACUUGUGAUCCCAUUUAGGCAGCUA